CGUUCUGACUUACGUCAGUGUGGGUGUUUCGGUUUCAGUGUGGCGGCCAUUAUUCUACGUUUAAUUAUUUAGUUUUUUUGCUGUUUAGUGCUUUACCAAACAAAGAACUUGAAUAUUUUAGAUAUAUUCUCUAAAGCCAUACUUUUGGACAAAAUACGUUUAUAGUACAAAUAUGAAUCCAGAAUACGACUAUCUGUUCAAGCUGCUCCUUAUCGGAGACUCCGGAGUGGGCAAGUCCUGUCUCCUACUCAGAUUCGCCGAUGACACAUACACAGAAAGCUACAUCAGUACUAUUGGUGUGGACUUCAAAAUUAGGACUGUAGAACUAGACGGCAAGACAAUAAAGCUACAAAUAUGGGACACGGCAGGUCAGGAGCGGUUUAGGACCAUCACUUCGUCAUACUACAGAGGCGCACAUGGCAUUAUUAUUGUCUACGACUGCACAGACCAGGAUUCGUUCAGCAACGUGAAGCAGUGGCUUGAAGAGAUCGACCGCUACGCGUGCGACAACGUCAACAAGCUGCUAGUUGGCAACAAGUGUGAUCUCACCACCAAGAAAGUGGUCGAUUACACUACGGCCAAUCAAUACGCGGAGCAGCUGGGCAUCCCGUUCCUGGAGACGUCGGCCAAGAACUCGACCAACGUGGAGCAAGCGUUCAUGACCAUGGCGGCCGAGAUCAAGGCGCGCGUGGGCCCGCCGUCCGCCGGCGCCGCGCCCGCCGGCGCCGCCGUCAAGAUCGAGCAGGGCCGCCCCAUCGACACCGGCAAGUCCUCGUGCUGCUGAACAAAAACACCAAGCUGGCGGCUUGGCUCGGGCGCUGUGCGAUGCGCCGGCCGCACCACACAUAACAAAUGCAAUUACCACAAAUCGUUUCAUCGCAUCGUUAAUUAUAUAAACUAAUAUAGUGCCCGACCGGCGGCGGCACAGUACGUAAAAGGUAAUAAAAUAAAUACACUUGUACAAUCGACAACAAUAUUUGCUCCAACAUGUUUCCCGGCCGGGAAAUGGGGCGUAAUAAAUAAGUAAUUAAAAUCAAGUUAAUAAAUAAUGUUCCGCAUUUUAAAUCUAUUUCUAUGUGCUCUAAAAUUCGAUUUAUGCUUGUCUCAUUUAUUUAAGAUUUCUAACCUUAAAAUUUACAACACUAAAAUUAUUAUUUUAUUGUAAAUAAAUGUUUUAUUUACAAGGAAAUAGACUUUUAGUUUAGUAAAAUGUAAGGUUAGAAAAUUGUUUUGAUAUAAGAUAAAUAGACAUCUAUCAUCUGAAUGAAUGCAAUAAUGUCUCAAAGACCCGAAUCACGUUCCAAAACCGCACCAACUAAUGUUAAAAUUGACACCAGUGUAUAAUUGGUUCCCUGAACUGUCAAGUUGAACACACAAAAUAUACAAAAGCAAGUAUACCAUAGAGAUGUCAACGUAAUAAUAUCAAGCCGAACGGGAUGGUCUUAUGGAACUUUCAACGGUAGCAACCGGGAAAGCGCUAUUAUCGUUUGUCCUUGUCAUAGUUUAACCACAGAAUAAAUAAUAGUACUAGGUACAGAAGACUCACUGUCUAACGAAACGUGUAUGUUACGUUCAGGACAGAUAUGGCCGCUAGGUGGCGACAGCGCCACGCGCGGCUUAUGGCUAGCCACCAAAAUUGGUGUGGAACGGAUGUACUUGUAGCUACCUGUUGUAAAGCGACGAAAUCGCGGACUGAGCCAUGCCUGGUAUAACUUAAUUUUUGCCUACAAAAAAGUGUCACGUCAAAACUGUACGUGCCUUCUCCCAACCAAAGCUUGGUGGGCAAAAACGAACCCGACUAAAUGACGUAGUUUGUUAAGCUAGGUUUAGACGAAGCCAAUAGGCAACCAGCACUGGCUUCGUCUAAACCCAGCUUUAUUGGUAGCAAUGUUAAAACGAGUUUAAUUUCGUUCCAUUGCAUAAUCUCAAAGGCGCGUGCAGAUCUAUGGUAUACUUGCUUUUAGUAAAAUAUCCGAAAACGGCGCCAUCUAUCGGUAGUUUCAAGCGUUUUAGGCGAGUCAAAUAACUGUCUAUACCCGUACUGUGCCGCGUGUGGUAUAUAAAUAGGCUGACUUAAGUUGCUAUGUCCGAAUAUCUUGAUAGUUAAAGGGAACGAAAUGGAUGGGUGUAUGUUUAUAUACAUGUUUAUAUAUAAUGAAUAUCGUAGGUUAAUUUUGUGCUGUAUCCGCGUGGUGAAGCCGAUUUCAACUUAGGUCAAAUUUGUAUGUGAGGGCUCGUUUUGUAUGUUCUAAUGUUAAUGUUAGAUGGGGGGGAGGUAAACAGUGUUUUUUGACACAGUGAUGUUCAGAAUUGAGUGUGUCACUGAUGUAUUAAGCGUUAUUUACCUUCAGGUUCGAACGCACACGAAACUACAACGAACUGGAUGGAUCAAUAAUAUUAAUAACAAUAUUAUUGUUAUUUGUGAUCACAUAUAAUGACGUACAGACGUAGUGCAUAAUUGUUUUUCAUCUUAACGUUCGUAUUUGUCACUCUACUUCAGUCAACGUCAGUACUUUUUGUACCGAUACUGACUGAAAUAGCAAGACACGUUCGUACGUUUCCGUGAAUAUACUAUGGAAAAUAAUUACGCACUACAUCUGUAUAGAAAAUAUUUAUAUCUUAUGUGUUAACUCAUACUGACAGUGUGAAAGCGCGAGCGUAUACGUCAUGUAAUAUGAUGUUUAUAGUGGCACUACUAUACUUUGUCGAUGCCACAGCGCAGUUAUCUUAACGGAGUCUUUAUGUCGAAGUUCAGUGGUAAAGUAGGGACGCUAACUAAGCACGAUGAUGCGGGCGGUUAAUGCCACUUGCGAGCGGGACAGCAAUAUAAAUAAGCGCGUGCAAUAGAGAUAGGAACAGGCGGGUCAAUGUACCAAAUUCUUCGCGUUCAGCGUCCUUACUUUAACUUGUAGAUUUGUGUGCCUUCGAAUAUGUAUCAUUCGAGCGAGCUAGCAGCGAUCUAGAUAUAAGUCUAUACUUACCUGGGCCGAUGGCCGUUUCAUUUAUACCCGCUGAUUUCACUGAGGUACUAAUUUUAUAUACGCACUGAGUGUUUAAUACAAUACCGAGCUGUGUUGAAUUUUGUGUUCAAAUAUAUUGUUUAACACAAAAUUGUAGAUAUAGCAUUAUGGCCUUAGAAACGAGAUAUUAGCAUCCGUAGGCAGAGGGGAUAUAGUAUUAAAAGACAAAUACAUUACAUAUAUCAUACGGCAGUGUGAUAAUUUUAAAAUUUAAACGGUCCUUUAUUCUAAACGCCAGUAUAAAUUAUGAUUUCGUCCCUUAUUUAAAGUAUUAUAUUAACGCUGGUGUUUAAAAUGUUGGGCCGGUAAAUUAUUUUUUAAAUCUAUAGCUGACUCAUUUAUGUGGUUAUUUUUCUACAUCAGUUAGUUAACCAAAUCAAGCGCUGACCCACUGUAAUUCUGUAUGAGGGUUCUUAGAAAUUAAAACAGUAUGCUAUUAUAAA